CCCCAUCCAAAUCAAACAAACCGAAAAUCUGUUCACUCCAGUGGGGCAGGUGACUAAUUCUUUAUUUGGUAUAGACUUUUCGUUUCGUUUCGCACACCUUCUUUGACACGCAAAACCAUUUAUAAUAAAUAACAACUCUUCAUUUCCACCUAACUUCUCAUUCAAUAUUCCACAUCCCGCCGACCACCUCUUCUCCAUUGCCGUCGCCAAAACCUCACCGUCCAACAAAUCUCUCAACCACCGCAACGGAUCACUCUCGCUCUCCCUUGAUCUGUGAAAAUCAAUCAUGAACGCAGUGUCACAUUCUGCUGUUCUUCCUAACCUCAACCGUCACCGAUUUUCACCGUCACGUUCUGAUAUUCGAAAUCUUAACCGUUUCACUUGCCACUCUGAUUGUAAGAAGACUACGUCGCAAGUAUCGUUAUUUUUGUCUUCUGGUUCGGCGGAUGGAAGAAUUGGUAGCAGAAGAAAUUUAGUUUGUCGGGCGUAUUCUUCUGUAGAUGCAAGCACUUAUAAUGGGGUUGCUUUAGAAUCUUCUACUCAUACUGCAGAAGAAAAAGUUGGUGUGUUGCUUCUGAACUUAGGUGGACCGGAGACGCUGGACGAUGUUCAACCUUUUCUGUUUAAUCUAUUUGCCGAUCCUGAUAUCAUUCGGCUCCCAAGGCUGUUUCGGUUUCUCCAGCGACCAUUGGCAAAAUUGAUAUCUACGCUUCGAGCUCCUAAAUCCAAGGAAGGGUAUGCUUCUAUUGGAGGUGGCUCUCCUUUACGCAAAAUUACAGAUGAGCAGGCACUUGCACUUAAAAAUGCUUUGGAAGCAAAGGGUCUCUCUUCAAAUCUCUAUGUUGGGAUGCGCUACUGGUAUCCAUUCACUGAAGAAGCAGUUCAUCAAAUUAAGAGGGACGGAAUAACAAGGCUUGUGGUGUUACCCCUUUAUCCCCAAUUUUCUAUAUCCACUACUGGGUCAAGCAUCAGUGUUCUGGAGCAAAUGUUCAGGGAAGAUUCUUAUUUGUCCAGGCUUCCUGUUUCCAUUAUAAACUCUUGGUAUCAAAGAAAAGGUUAUCUCAAGUCAAUGGCUGACUUAAUUGAGAAAGAAUUAGAGAGUUUUUCUGAGCCAAAGGAGGCUAUGAUAUUCUUUAGUGCACACGGUGUACCUGUCAGUUACGUUGAGAAUGCUGGGGAUCCAUACCGAGAUCAAAUGGAGGAGUGCAUCUUCUUGAUCAUGCAGGAAUUGAAGGCUAGAGGAAUUAAUAACGAGCACACUCUUGCUUAUCAGAGUCGAGUAGGCCCUGUACAGUGGUUAAAACCGUAUACAGAUGAAGUUCUAGUUGAGCUUGGCAAGAAAGGUGUGAAGAAUCUCUUAGCUGUUCCUGUGAGCUUUGUGAGUGAGCACAUAGAGACUCUUGAAGAAAUUGACAUGGAGUACAGAGAAUUGGCUCUUGAAUCUGGUAUUCAGAAUUGGGGACGUGUCCCUGCCCUUGGUCUUACCCCUUCCUUCAUUACUGAUCUGGCAGAUGCAGUGAUAGAAGCUCUUCCGUCGGCAGCAGCAAUAUAUGCCCCAGACAUCAGCAGAUCCGAUGAUAUGGAUGAUCCGGUUAAAUACUUUGUCAAGAUGUUUUUCGGUUCAAUUUUCGCCUUCAUGUUAUUUCUGUCACCCAAAGUGAUAUCAGCAUUCAGGAAUCAUGUCAUUUAGAAGAAUACGAUCAAGCAUAGUUGAUAAAGCUAUUGAUAGCAAAUUUGUAUACUUUAUUUUUUUUUCCCUUGGUUUGACACCGUUCCACAUAUAUACAUGACAGAGAUGUGAAAGGAGCAGAAGCGUUGGUAAUAAUGAGAACUAGGUAGCUUGGGAACAACCCAGCUAGUUUACUUUACUUGUAUUUGUAUACAUUAUACAGCUAAUAAAUUAGAUAUUCGGUUGUUCUUGCAAA